AUGGCUUCCUCAAGUACCGCGCUCUCUAAGACGGCCAUCAAUACCCUGCGCGGCGUCCUGUUCACGACAUCCUUCUCCAUCGUCCUGCUCGCCGAGGAGCGCCGCCGCCGCAUCAAAAUUGCCCGUGCUGCCGUCGAUAAUGCCCGUAGAAUACACGCCGCCAAGGCCAACCGUGGUGCUGCGACUACUGCAAUCAUCGAACCAUUCGACCUGGAUGCUCACCUAGCCAGGCUCGAAGGCGAGUCUUUCGUCGCCCAGUCGCACACGCCGAGGAAACCGUACGGCCGGGAAAGACGAAGAGGGAUUGAGGAUUCAAGCGUCUCUUACACUACUGUCGCCACCUCAGAGUCUCGCGCUACCGUGCCCGACGCGCCAUCCCGAAACAUCCAUGAUGAACCCAUUUCUCUCGUUCGAAUUGCCAGGGCCAUGGCCGCUGGACAAAGGUCGAGCGAUAUUUCGACAGUCAAACGUGCUACGGAGUCCAGAAACAACCAAAGAAAGCACCCCACCGUCGAAAACAAGACGGACAUUGUGGUUCGAAUGUCGAGCCAAGCUUCAGCAACUACACAAUCAGUUAAGGUCCCGAGCCUCUCGGCACAGAACAACGCAGUUCUGCCCAGCAAAUAUCUUGAAUACGAGCAUCUUAUAGUAACGCCACGAGAUAGCAAUGAGGCCUCUACCGAGUACAACGAGGCUGUGGCGGUUCUAAUCGAGGCAGUUCAAGCGCUACCACAGAAACCCAACACAAAUGAUGAGCAGUCGCAUAUUUUUAGCACGGCAGUAGAAGCUCUUCAAGGUGUCGAACACCAUGGUGUCACCCGACGUUCAUUUCGAGAGAUAUUGAAAGAUAUCGUCGUGAACCUACUGAAAUAUUCUGUUGAUAUGACUGCAGAUCAAAUGAGAGCAGUGCUGAAGGCGUCGCUCUUUUUGAAGCGAUCGCUGGUCACAAUUUUGACUCGAUUCUUGGCUUGGAUGGACAAUUACCGACCGGAAGAUGUCGUCCACGUCUCGCGAACUAUCAUUGCAUUUUUUACGCAACCAGAGCAGGCCUUCGUUUGGAAAGAUGGACAGCUUAUUCAUGAGCUCAUCAGAGUACAGAGCACUCGCUGCGCCAAGCUCGCAAUCAAGGGAUACACCAACCUAAAAUCUGCCGGGCUAUUCGCAAGAAUUGACAUACCAGAGCAGGAAUAUGCCAUUAGAAGAGAAGCGGUCAUUGCAGCCUGUGCGGCGGAGCAGACGCGUUUCAUCGACGAUGAAAUGAUUGUGCUGCGCCAACUGAAGGGUGAUGAUGUCGUCGAGGCAGACUUUGGGCUACAAGCUGCCCUGAUGGCUCGGCAGGUAACUCUCGGCGCCUGCGACACGCUAUUCGACUCGCUACGAGACCUUGAGAAUUGCAAGAAUCCCUCAUCCACGGAGUUUCAGGGGCAUCUUCACCACCUCACAGACCUCUUCGCAAAGGCACACGAUGCUGAGCAACUCGGUCAGUGGCUCAAAUACGUCGUGAAAACAUAUGGCAUGGCGCUGCAAUCAGACUGGGUCUUUUCCGUGCUGAAUGAGUAUGCUUAUUAUCAUGACAUCGAGGGGAUGAUGGUAUGGAUGGAAUUCUGUCUCGGGCAUGGCCUCAAGGUCGAUCGCAACUUUGUCACUGAAUGGAAGAAGACUUGCCGAGGACAUUUGCGGUUCAGCAAGGACUAUCUGCAAAUGUUGUGGGAAAGGCUCGCAAAAGUCAUGUUAUUACCGCAAUUAGAGGGUGACACCUAUCAGGUCAAGCAGCGUCAAGGAGAUUUAAGCACACACUUGGCUGAAUUGACGAAAAAAAAGCUUUGGGGCAAGGCAUGUCUUGCAUUCGAAGCAGCGCUGUCAAAGGAUCGAGAAAUUUGCGACUUGAGCUUGCAACUGGCGCUAGAAGCGCAGGUACGAGCAAGCCAAGGUAACGCUGAACCAGCUUUGCGACUGUUGCAGCGUGUGCGCGGCUACGGAAGAGACACGACCAUUGCACAGCACCGGUUUCUUGGCAAAGAGAUUGGGAGGAGGCCAAGUGGCGACAUCAAGACACUACUUUUGCAGGCGGUAGAAUGCGGCUGCAUUGUGCCGGCCGAUAUUUAUACGCUUGCUGUGAAGAAAGUGGUGGAGAAGGAUCUCUACGCAGCGCACGAAAUCUUACAGCUGGGCGUCAGGCAGCUGGGCCACGGCAAGCUCGCGUUCAACGGACAUUGUUUCGCGAAACUGCUCUUUAUCCACAUCGCGACUCACCAAUACGACGCAGCGCAGCAGCUUGUGGCCGAAUUUAUUUCUAAUCGGCCGUUUUGGCACGGCACGAAGCUAUGCAAGGAAAGCAUCAAGUUUGGCAUAAGAGAGCUCACAAAGCGGGUGGCCACGAGGAGGGACGCAGGCGAGUCGAGCGCUGACGACAGUAUGCUAUCUUGCGAGCUGCAACUGACGGAAGCACUGCAGCAAGCACUGGAUGCCAAUGUCGAGAGCCGUCAUGUGGUUGGAUACCAGGCCACGAUUGCGGACAUGAUUGUGCAGCUGGUGGAGGAGGCUGCAAACAGAGACGAGGCCGUCGCUGCGCGAGAAUGGCAGAAGAAAAAGCGCGCAGACAAAGCUGCCAGGAGGUUGGCAUUUAGCCCACAGACGAAGCCAACUUUGCAAAACGGGAACAUCGCGCAUAUCAGCGUGGAUGCCUAA